AUGACCACGGUCAUCAAAGCGCACAAGAUUCGCAAACUCGAGAAAGCAAUUGCUGGUCUGAUUAAAUACGAUAGUUUCCUGUGUCCUAUUCGAACGAACGAUCCCAAUUUCAUAUCGCACAUUUGCUUUGCCAUGCUGAGCAUUAUUUCUAGAAUUGCCAGAGGGUUCGGCUUGCUUGCUGUCCACCUCACUAUAGUCCGUCAACAUGAGGGCGCAAUGCGCAUUUUUGAGUCUUCCUUCCCACGAGAUACCAUCGUUGAUGUAUGCUCAUAUCACAUCAUCUUCGGCCGCGCAAGCUAA